GUAUAGCUAUUGCAAUAAUUAACAGUAUAGACAGCAGUGGUUUAAACGUUAUUAUCAUGUAUUUUUGAUAUCAUAAAGUAGCCUAUUGCAUUUAAGUCAUGAACAGAAAGUCUCUUGAAUAUGCACGUUUAGAAAUCACUUUUUAAAGAACACACUUCACAGUUUGGGGUGACAAGGGUUGACACCCGCAUUAAAGUAUCUGCGAUCAACACGCCUCCGAUGACAUCACAAGAGCCGCGGCUGAUCGCGACGCGCGUUUGAAGCGUUGCUCCAGUGACGCGCUGAAUGGAGCGACUUCACUCGUUUAUCCAUCCGAUCCGCUCGCUCGAUCCCCGGGCAAUUACCGCGACGACAUGGCAGAACGGCACCUUGGGAAACGGAGGAAACAAGCAAACCCAAGAAGAAAUCAAGGUGACGUGGAGCGAUGUCUGGGCUCUGAGGGUGAAGAUGAAGGCAGUGUUUGGGGUAUGGACGCUCUGGACGGCAGAGAUGCUCAGGAUAAAAUUAGUCUGACGCCCAGCGAGGGCACUGAGCCUGGCAGUCCUGUCCCGUGUGCCCACUCACACAGUCUGAGUCCGCCGGGAGAGAGCUGGGGCGAGACGGAAACCACAUCCCUCAAAAACACGCCCGCAGACCCAGAACACACCAACAACAGCAUGUACGGUCAAAGUGACGCUCGUGUCUUAGAGAACGAUUCCCGUUACGACUCAAUGGUGCAGCUGAGAAAAUUGUCGCAUCUUCUCAGUCCACAACGCAAUGGAUCCGUGAACUUGUACCAUAUAGGCGCCGUUCAUGGCAACACGUCACCCGUCUGCUGGUCACCAGAAGAACACGAGUCAUCCGAGGGGAAAGACAGUGUACCCCUAAACUCUGAUGGCACACGGAUGCCAGUUCAAACAUGCCCAUAUUGCCAGCGGACGUACCGACAUGAUGCCUCUCUGAGAGAACAUGUGAAGUUCUGCCAGGACAGAGACGGAGGGGACAACGUUUGCCCUCUCUGUGGGUACAGUACGCCAUACCACGCACAAAUGGAACGCCACCUCAGCCUUCACAGCCAAACUCAAGACAAGAAUGCCAUGUCUGAUUCAGCCAUUGAGAACAGGAAGUUUAAGUGUAAUCAGUGCGGAAAAGCCUUUAAAUACAAACAUCACCUUAAAGAGCAUCUUCGCAUUCACAGUGGUGAAAAGCCGUACGAGUGCUCGAACUGUAAGAAGCGUUUCAGUCACUCUGGGUCCUACAGCUCUCACCUCAGCAGUAAAAAGUGCCUAAGUGGAGGCGGGACAGGAAACGGAGCUCAUUUUAAUGGCCACUCCCACACUGCCUACCUCUUCCCCUCUCCAAUGUCGCCUACGGUGGUUGGCGGUAGAAACGGCAGUCGAGGAAAGGGCUCUCCGUAUGCCGCACUGGGUCAAUACCCAAUGGACCCACUUGCCGCGCCAAGACAGGAGUCUAUGCCCAUUUCGCAUGCAGUGGAUUUGGGCAGGUCAUGGGACCCUACAGCAGAUUUGGCCAUGAGGACGGGCGUUUUUAAAGGCACCACUCUGCUACCUUUACUGCCGUCGCGCAGCAAGUUUGAACACCUGUUGCAGGAAAUGCUUCGGAAGGAAGUUGGAGAAGAGGGACAAGCAAGAGAGAGGAAAAAUGAGGCACCCAUCAGUGCCGUGACAUGUCGAUGGUGCUCACAGGUGUUUCCCAGCGAAGCGCUGCUAACGCAUCACGAGCGGUAUCAGUGCCGGAGCAAAGAUAUCGUGAACAAUCCACUGUCACAGCGACCCAAAAACGGAUCUCCACUGAACUUCUCUCGACCAUCAAACCUGCCGUAUGACACCCAGACAUCACCAAUCACCAAUAACGUGCCUUAUAGACCCCUUUCAUCGCCCCAGCGGGCAUCCUGGCAUUCCGUGCCACAGCAGAUCCUUGUGCCUUUACCUACACCAGUAUUAUCCCAAGAGAAACACUGGCCACAUGAAGAAACUAGUAGUCCGAGAAAACCAAAUUCCAUUGACCCAACAUCCCCAACAUUACCUGAAUGCCAACACCUGAUCACCUCAAGGUUUGGUUCUCCACCUUGCCUGGAUCUGUCUUUUAAUUCCACAUCGCCACGUCACUCGAGCCAUCAUAUUACGGUAUCAGGAUUGAUCCAGAAUGAACCCUUGGACUUAUCCAUCCCCAAAGCCCAUUCUACCUCUGGAAGCAUAUCACGAGAAACCAGAGAUCAAACUUGUAAUGGCUACUCGCCACAGCAAGAGAGAUGUGACAUGGAUAGUAUGAUCAAGAGACUAACUCCGCCCUCUCAGCAGCAGGUGGGUGGGGCCUAUGCAGCGUCACCACUCUUUGGAAGCAUGGUUUUUAGCAACUACCCCCUCUUUAAUCACAUAAUCCCUGGAAGUCUAGCAGGAAUGGGGCACAGUGGUCUGACAUCACUUUCUCUCACGCCACCAACACCUAGCCCUGGGUUUUUCUCUCCAGUGGCGUAUAUGGUGGAGACGGAGUCAGAAUCGAUGUUGAAGAGAAUACAACACGAAAGACACUCUGUGAUGAAUGAGGCUUUGAAUCGAGGUGGUCUGGAGUAUCUGUCUCUGAUGGAUGAUGGGAUGGAUGGUGAGAUCAGCACCGGGAGAAAAAGACUGAAAAAGACAGAGGAAGGACUUUACGCAUGCGACAUCUGCAACAAAACCUUCCAGAAGAGCAGCUCUCUCCUUCGACAUAAAUACGAGCACACAGGGAAGAGACCCCAUGAGUGUCAAAUCUGCAAGAAGGCUUUUAAACACAAGCAUCAUUUGAUCGAGCACAGCCGUCUGCACUCCGGAGAGAAGCCGUAUCAGUGUGAUAAAUGCGGUAAACGAUUCUCUCACUCCGGUUCCUACUCGCAACACAUGAAUCACCGUUACGCAUUCUGCAGCCGCGACAGCGACCCGGAUGCACCCGGAGAUGAUGCGAUGCUGGGGGACGGCAUUCCGUACCUGAGCCCUGUCACGGAGCGCCAGGACAGUGGCGCGUAUCUCAGCGACUCUAGUAUGGAGGGAGCGCCGCUGGAGUACAGAGAGGAAGAGGAGGAGGAAGAGGAGAGCUCACUCAGUAAUCACAUCCAUGAGAGAGGGAUGAGAACAGAUGCACAGCAGAUAAAGGAAGAAAGUGAGGACAAAUCCUUAGAGGACAGACAAGACACGGAGUUGAACAACCAGGAGAAUCUGAUUAAAACUGAAGGGAAUGAAGACGUGGAGAGGACAAACGAGAUGGAAUGAGACAGGGAACAUCUCAGCAGUGUUUACCAAACAUGCACAUCCACACUCCAGUUUUAUGGACACUCUGGGAUACGUUGCAUUUUUGGCAUCCAAAACAACGUGUCAGAACAACAGAACUGUGACAUGACUGUGAACAUUCAAAGACAUUUCGAAUUAAAGUGCUUUUAGGUCAAUGCCAAAUAAUUCUGAGACCACAAGUGAAAAUUGUUCUACUUAAACAGAACUUUGAAUGUGUUCUCAGAGUUUUGGUCCCCGCUGUAUAUUUCUCCAAAAACUGAAGGGUUUCCCCUCCAACAUAUCUGUGCUGUGAAAGGCAUAAAUAUGUUUACAACUUAGUCAACUUAGUAAACAAGUAUUUAAUGAAUGAAUAAAUAAAGCUCAAGAGCACAUAUUUACAGAUGUCUACACACAAAUCCACCAAUAAGCUCAUACUCUUGUUUUGGGUACAUACUCUUAAGGAGACAAAAGUUGCAGUAUUCUGAGGAACAGACUCUUUAAAGCAAGGGCGUAGCCAGGAAAUUACUUUUGGGUGGGCCUCAAUAGAAAUGGAUGGGACAAUUAUUUUUUUUUUUAACCAAACUUUCCUUAACAACAGAGAAGAGGCGCAUUCAAACAGUUCUUUCAAACUUUCAGAAAUGUGAAAUUAUGCAUUUUUAAAAAUGUUUUAUAAAUGUGUGUUUGGAGCAAAAGAAUAAUCUCGACUAUUCUGGGUGGGUUUAGGCCUACCACAGCCCACCCUUGGCUACGCCACUGCAUGAAAAGGUACAAAAUAGGACCUAAGGGUACAAUUAUGUACCCAAAGGAGAAUUGCAAAGGUCCCCUUAAGGGUACCACCCCAGUGACGGCCCUUGUACCUUUAAUGUUUUUUUUUGUUUUUUUCUAAGAGUGCAUCAGUUACAAAUAAGUACUGGGAAAAUAUUUAAAUAUAUGAUAUUUCAAUAAAAUAAAUAUUUUAAAAUAGGGUUCUGAAUAACAUUCACAGUUUACAGAGAGUAAGUCGAGAUUUAGUUAAGGAAUGGUUCACUUCUGGAUCAUGCAGAUAAUAAAAUAAUUAUUUUAAACUGAACUAGAACUUAAAUCUAAGAUUAAACAGAUAUUUGACAUCUAUGAACUGAAAAAACAAAAAAAGAGUGUACAAUUUUAAGAUAAUGACAGACAUUUGAACCUCAAACUAGAGUUUUACCUUCUUAGCACGAGAUCUGUUUAUACAUUCAGAGAGCGAACGAGGCCGACAAAUCUGAUCUGAUAUUUGAUACACAAAAAAAUUAGUUUUUUUAUUAUUGUGUACAUUUUGCAAAACUAUUGAUUCAUGGAAAGACAAACAAACAGACAGAUAGACAGACAGACAGACAUAGAGACAGACAGAGAGACAGACAGAAAGAAAGACAGACAGAGAGACAGACAGAGAGACAUAGAGACAGACAGAGAGACAGACAGAAAGAAAGACAGACAGACAGACAGACAUAGAGACAGACAGAGAGACAGACAGAAAGAAAGAUAGACAGAGAGACAGACAGACAUACAGAAAGACAGAGAGACAGAAAGAUAGACAGAGAGACAGACAGAAAGACAGACAGACAGACAGAGAGACAGACAUACCGAAAGACAGACACACAGAAAGACAGACACACAGAAAGACAGACAGAGAGACAGAAAGAAAGAUAGACAGAGAGACAGACAGAAAGACAGAGAGACAGAAAGAAAGAUAGAGAGACAGACACACAGAAAGACAGACAGACAGACAGAUAGACAGACAGACAUACCGAAAGACAGACAGACAGACACACAGAAAGACAGACAGAGAGACAGAAAGAAAGAUAGACAGAGAGACAGACACACAGAAAGACAGACAGACAGACACACAGAAAGACAGACAGACAGACAGAGACAGAAAGAAAGAUAGACAGAGAGACAGACAGAAAGACAGACAGAGACAGAAAGAUAGACAGAGACAGACAUACAGAAAGACAGACAGACAGACACACAGAAAGACAGACAGACAGAGAGACAGACAAACAGAGAGACAGACAGAAAGGAAGAGAGACAGACAGAAAUCCAGAAAGACAGACAAACAGAGAGACAGACAAAAAGAGACAGAUAGACAGACAGAGACAGACAGACAUACAGAAAAACGGACAGAUAGACAGACAGAAAUACAGACAGACAGACAAACAGAGACAGACAUACAGAAAGACAGAAAGACAGACAGACAGAAAGACAGAGAGAAAAAAGCAGGCUAGAAUCCAAAAGCACGUCACAAAACCGUAGUAUUCUAUAUACACACACACACACACACUAUAUGGCCAAAAGUUUGUGGACACCCCCUUCUCAUUAACAAAUUUGGUUACUCCAUUAAAUCCAGUAAAGAAAAGUCGUAAUGUUUCUUUAUGUAAUGGCUUGGGCUUUGUGUGCUUCCAAAUUUGUGGCAACUGUUUGGGGAUAGCCCUUUUCUGUUCCAGCAUGACAAUACCCCUGUGAACAAACUGAGGUCCAGAAAGAAAUGCUUUACUGUCUCUGGUGUGGAAGAAACUGACUGUCCUGCACAAAGCCCAGACCUGAACCCCACUGAUCACUUUUGGGCCCCAUCGACCAACAUCAGUUCCUGACCUCACUGAUAGCCUUGUGUCUGAAUGAGAGCAAAUCCCUGCAGCCAUGUUACUACAUACAGUAUAGUGGAAAGACUUCCCAAAAGAGUGGAAGCUUUUAUUACAGCAAAGGGGGAAACUGAUGCCUAAGGUUUUGAAAUCAAAUGUUCAUCAAGCACAUAUGGUGUCCACAAACUUUUGGCCAUAUAGUGUGUGUAUAUAUAUAAUUUUAUAUAUAGUAUCUACUGUACUAUAAACUGCACUAAACCCAACCUCAGAUACAGGGCACACUCAGAGCUUUUUAAUACCAAAUUAUGCAAAUGUGUAGUAUUUAAUUAUCAAUAGAGGACAAUUUCAGAAACAAAGUUAAAUGGUGCUUACCAUCUGCAUUCACUAGUUACUUGUCUUUUCUACUUCAAUGACAAAUUCUCUGUUUACCUGUAAACAUGGACAUUUCCAGCAGUGUUAUUUUUGUAUCCAAAUGUUUAAGAUUUGUUAAAAUGUUAAUACAUUGCCUUUGUAAUUAAACUGUACAUAUUUUAGACAAUACAGGUGUUGAAGUUUCUAAAUUGUAUUUCUUCUUUGGAAGCGUGAGGAUGGUUCCUUUUUAGUCACGUAAAACAUAAAUCUUCGUCACUCAUACAUGUGACGCCAGCUACACUUGACUGAAAUGACCAGACACGUUUUCUUUCUAAUGACACUAAAUGAGUGCAGUGUCAGGGGAAAUGUGUUACCAUGUGGGGGGGGCACCCCGUUUACCGUACUGACUAAAAUCUGCACUGAUGUCAGGCCUCCCCCUGAACACGGUAAAACUAAAACACUGCGGUUAAAGUCUUACUAACAAAUAAACAAAACUUCUUUACAUUAUUAUUAUUAUGGUACAAAAUGUUACGUUUGCACAUUCAGAAUAGCAUCCUACCAUACUACUCUUACUCUUUCUGUAGUAUGCACUAUGAAUGCAAAUGUUAAGCUUGGAAUCUCUAGAGACAUUUGCCCAAAUGUGCCCAGAUGGCAUGGAGAAGCAGCUUAUGUCAGAGGUGUUGCUCACCUGCUCAUCCUAAUCCUGAUCCUAAAAUGACAAAUAGCAGAGAAACUAAAAAUCACCUAAUAAUAAAAUGUUCUCAGCGAGCCUUAUGAACUGAUAUGUAAAUCAGAAGUUUUUACUUGGGUCAACGGGAAACACGGGAGCAUUUAUCGUGAGAACUUUCACAUGUGUGUUAUAGAGGCACUCUUUCCAAAUCGAUGACUUUUCUCUUUUUUUUAUUGUCAAAUGAUUGUGAAAUACAGAAUUUGAAGGGAGGAAAAGCGAAUUAUACAUCGGCUACUGUAUGUGGUGUCGUGAGAAAUGUUUUCCAGCUAUAUGAGAUACAAGUUAAUGUACAGAUAACAAAAGAAAAAGAAAAAUGAGUUCUCACAUUUAAGAUUACAGACAUAAUGAAAUAUGUAGAGACAGUGUAGGAAUACAAGGACUGGUUAUGAAGCCAGACAAUGAACUUAAUUUAUAUUACAUAUGCCUAUUUCUCUUAAAGGGACAGCUCACACAAAAAUGAAAAUCCUGUCAUCAUUUACUCACCCUCAUAUUGUUGUAAACCUUUGAAGCUAUCAUAUGUCUUCAGAAGACUUGGAAUAUAGCAAACGAGUCGUUUGAACUAUCUUUAUUAUACUUUCAAGGUGUCAGUCCUCAUUCACUCUCAUUGUAUGGUAAAGAACAGCAUGAACUUUCUGCUAAACAUCUUUUGUGUGGGAAAAAAAAAAUCAAACGGGUUUGGAACAACAUAAGUGUGAGUAGAUGAUGACAGAAUUUUUAAUAUUAGAGUCGAUUAUGACUUUAUCACAGGCC